AUGGGGGAUGUCUCUGAGCCUCAGAAAAGGAAAAGAAAGUUUAGCAGUCCGUUCGCAAGAACACUCUCGCCUUUGGAGACAGGCUACAGCGAAGAGAAGACUGUAGAGAAUCAUGAUGCUUUCAAAGCCUUACAACACAGCCAUGAAAGAAGAGCCAAAGAGCAGCAAGAGGCUGCUGACGUUCAAUCCGUUCUCGGGAGUGCUGGCAAGCGGAGACAGUUCUCGGGGGGUCGUCCUCCACUCCCGCCUAAAAAAGCUGGUCCGACGUUUCAGACAGACCAGAGAAUCGUUUACGAGGCCAAAGUUCAGAGGCUUCCCGUUCCACAAGCGCUUUCAGACCUGCGCGGUUCGGACAAGGACUGCGCUCAAUGGUUUCUCGAGGUCCUGGCUGCUUGCAUGCAGCCAAAACAUCUGCUAGAGUGGUCAGAGCUCCAGCCCCUCGUGCUUAGUUCCACGAUGGCCAGAUUCCGUAAGAGUGUACUACCAGAGAUCCUCCGAAUCACAGGGCUUGUCAGAAACUCAAGCAGCAACUCGUUCCUUUCUCUCUUGGAGAGUUCCUUCAAGAAGACCGCCACGCUAAAGAGUACUUCUGGCCAAAGGACGAGAACGUUGCCUCCCAAAGAGGACCGCGUAGAGCUCAACUUCUCGGCGCGUCCCGAUCGCGAGCAGAAGCCAGCCUGCGUGUCCACAUCCCAAAGCGACAGACGCAGUUCCGAGCAAGACAGCCAGAACCUCCCUCAGGCGGUUGCUGCUUACAACAGACAGGCCCUGGAGUUUUCUGAGAUGAGGGGCAACAAGGGGAAGCAGCUUCGAGAGGUCUCGACGUGCAUCCAGGCCAGCUACGACGCGCAGUUGCUCGAGUUUAGGAGCAUCUUAGGGUCGAGGCAGAAGCAGCUGGCCGAGGUCGCUCGCUGCUUGGAUGCGUACGAUACCGGCCUCGACAUGCUGAAGCACCUGCUCCUGUAG